AUGUGCGUCACAUAUAUUUGUUUUUAUCGAGCAUGCAAAGCGCAGGGUUUCGACCGUUCUAAGCUUCCUUACAAGGGCUGGUUUCAGCCUUGGUGCGCCAUUAUCGGUGUUCUGUGGAUGACGAUGGUUGUAACCUGUUACGGGUACACCAGCUUUACCCCCUGGGAUGUGACGACCUUUUUCACUCACUAUACGAUGCUUCUAUUUGAUAUCAUUGCAUUUGCCGGGUGGAAAUUAUUUAAACAAACAAGAAUAUUGCGCCCAGAUGAACUUGAUCUUGUUUUAGAAGCUCCCGACAUUACUGCAUACGAAGAGGCCGCCAAAAUAAACAACCCCCCUAUUGGUUUCUGGGCUGAGCUCAUUCAGCCUUUCAGGCCAAGGUGGAAAAGUCUCAAGGGCAGCUAG